AUGUUGAAUUAAAGAGGAUUCCACGAUUAGUUUUAAGCAUAAAAAAAAAUUGGUCAAGGAAAUUUUGCUUCAGUUUAUUUAGCCUAAAAAUUUGAAGAUGGCAAAAUAUAUGCUGUUAAAGCUUUCUGUAAAGAGUAUGCGUAUGCCCAAGAUAAAGGUAGAGAAUCGCUUAUAAAUGAAAUUGAAAUAUUACGUUCUUUAAACCAUCCAAAUAUAUUAAAAUUGCAUGAAGUUUUCGAAACAAAUAAUUCAAUAUAUUUUAUUCUAGAUUUAAUAGAAGGAGGUGAAUUAUCAGAUAAAUUGGAAAGUAAAUCAAAAUUUACAUAUGAUGAAAUAAAGGAAAUAGUUAAAGGUUUACUUGAAGGUAUUAAAUAUAUGCACAAAAAAAAUAUAAUGCAUAGAGAUUUAAAACCUGAAAAUUUACUUCUAAAAAGUUCUGAAUCUACUCAUAUUAUAAUAGCAGAUAUGGGACUAUCUACUAAAGUGGAUUUGCCUUAAUAUAUGUUUGUUAGAUGUGGAACACCAGGUUAUGUUGCCCCUGAGGUAGUUAAUAUAAGAGAUAUGAAGACUACCUAUUCUUCCAUUUGUGAUUUGUAUUCUAUUGGGAUAAUUUUUCAUAUUUUGUUAUUAAAUAAGUCCCCUUUUGAUGAUAAAAGUUAUAAUAAAAUUCUUAAAAAAAACAAAGAAGCAAAUAUCAACUUUGAUUCAAUGGAUUAUUUGAAACUUUCAGUCGAUUCAUUUGAUUUACUUUAGAAGUUAUUGGCAAAAGAUCCAUUAUAGAGAAUUAGUGCAAGUGAGAGUUUAAAUCAUAAUUAUUUUAAAGAUUCUUCGAAUCCAUAAUAGUUAGUUCUUUAAUUAAAACAAUCACAAUAAGUAAAUAUUGAUAAUAGUUCUAAUAAACCUAGUUCUUAGUCUUUAUUAGAUUCUAAAAAAGAAGAAUUUAAAUCUAAGUUAUUUUAUUUUUUUAUUUUAUUAAUUUUUUUCAAAAUAAAUAGAAAAUCGUCUUUAAAUUCUCCUAUAUAGAAUAACAAACAUUAAAUUAAUAAAAAAAUUUAAUAAGAUUCUUGUUUAACAUUUAAAAUGGGGAAUUCUCCACUUAAUUACAAUUAAAAUAAAUAUUAAAAUUUUACAAAUGCAGUUAAUGAUUUAAAUAGUUUUUAAGUAAUAGGAGGAAAUGAAAGUGAUCAUAAUCCUAAUAAUAAUAAUAAUUCUAAUUAAAAAAUUAAAAUGACUCCUUCUUAAUUUAAUAAUUAAGCUGCAAGAAAUAGAAAUAUUUCGAUUGCUAAUUAAUUAAAUUAAGCUAAGUCUCCUUAAUAAAAUAAUAAUUAUAAAUAAGCACUUUUAAAUAGCUAGUUGAAAGAAUAAAACACAUAUAAAAAAAUGAAAAGUUAUAAUUAUAAAUAUAAAUACAAAAACCAGAGUAAGAGUAGAGCAAGGAACAAGAAGAAUAAAAAGAUGAUUAUAGAGAAUAAGAUAUAUCAUAAAAAUAAAAAGUUUUUUUUUAUAUGUAUAUAUUUAUAUAUAUACUUUUUUGAUAUAUAAAAAAGAUGA